CGUUGGCACGAUUCGAGAGCGGGUCCCCAGAGCGGGCCGCGCAUAUCCGCAGCACGGAGGUCUCGACGCGGGGCCCAGGGCCCAUCACCACAGCCUGAUUAACAAGCCUCUCUAGUGCUGCGCUACAUCAUCCAACAUGGCAGUCAUACGCACGGCCCUAGCACUUAUGUGCCUGGCGGGUAUCCACGGCAAAUCCAUCCACUCUAUUAUAGUGAGUUAGGGGCCAUUCGUUUCCUACGCCGAACGCUUUUACAUGUGUGAACCCGACAACCACUCGCUUCGCUGGACAUGGUAUUUGCGUGCUAGUCACUACAACCCACUUAAACCUAACGAGUUGCAACGCCUGACGGGUAAUGUGACGAUUGCAACUGAUCCUCUUGACAACAACUGCUGGAUUAAAAUAAUUGGGGACACUCGGUCAAAUAACCAAUGGAAGGAAAACGCCCUUGUCUGCCAUUUUAGAAAGAAUGCAUAUCGGGUUAUUAAAGAAAAUAUUCCCGGAUUUUACGAGCGGUUUUUCAAGAUGGGAGACGAUAAAGAUGCAAGGCAUUUUAAACCUAGAGUUUACGAGGUCGAUAAUGGCACAGUCGACUGGGGUUCUCCUAAUGUUCCAGUCAUACCUUAUGGACAGUAUAGGUUUAGAGUCCUGAUUGGCAAAGCUGAAAACACAUACGCAUGCUGGGUGGCAAAUUCUAGGGUAGUUCCGAGACCCGGCGGCCACGUGUAGUACUACAAUGUUUAUGGUUAGUUUAUUGCUGUUCGAGCCCCUCGCAGCUGUUGCGCGGGGUCCAGAAAUAAUGAUUGAAACUGGGCAUAGCAACCCCGUCGAAUAUCGUUUUGUUUGUUAACACUGUACUUGCACUGUUAAAAACGGCGGCCAGUCGACCAGUCUCCGCCUGUUGAACCAGAUUCGAAUUCGUUCGAUUUCUAAUUUGCCUGAUUCAAUAUCGAAUAAUUCUAAAUUUCAAAUCGGGUUGGUUGGACAUCGCAUCGCAUUGGGGUCAUUGGGGUCUUAAGCGUGGCCCCCGCACCGCACUAUAUGCCCGCACCACACGUUGUACUGUCGUCGUACAUCUACGGUACAGGACCAAUUUAAAUGAGUUUAAAAAUACCGCGCAACGUGUGUGUGAAAAAUACGUGUGACUUUGUUUCGAUUCGAUUUGGGCUCGAAUUUUGGCUGAUUCGAUUCCAAAUUUUUUUCGAUCCGAAUCGAAGAUAAAUAUUUGAGAUUCGAUUAUUAGGUAAAAACCUCGACUCACACAGCUCUAGUCUAUGGGGGAAUGAUGUACAUGACGGAAAUGUUUGAA